AUGGAGAUCCCGAUACCGAAGAGGGAGGGCUCCUCUUUCCCCGAGGCUCACCAGGAGGGUAACCGAGUUGAGAAGUCGGGCAACAGUCCUGUGACGAGCUGCCUCUAUCUGAGAGCCUCCCAUGGGGGGAACGAGGACGACCAGCGCCGGAAGAGGCUGGAUAAGAACCUCGUCCUCCGCCGCAUCCGCGACCACCGGCGAGCCAACGAAAACCAGGACCCCGUCCAGAAGGCCUCACUCCGGGUGGCCGGCGGGGAGAGAUGCUUCCGCCGGUGGAUGGACGAGGACGCCUUCUCAUCGCCCUGA